UUGAGUCUGUUUCUAGCCCCUUCCCGCCUGUUCACCACCACCAUGACCUCGGGCAUUCGUGCUCCUUUCUUCCUGCUGCUACUUCUAGCAAGUCUAAAAGGUUUUCUUGCCCUUCCAAGUCAGGAAAAUAGUGUCACCUCAUCUCAGGACACCAGCAGUUCCUUAACAUCGACUACCACUCCAGUCCACAGCAGUGACUCAGACUCAGCCACUACACCUCCAGGGGACUCCACCAGCUCUCCAGUCCACAGUAGCACCUCUUCCCCAGCCACCAGCCCUUCAGAAGACUCCACCAGACCUCCAGUAGUCCUCAGUGGUACCUCUUCAGCUCCAGCCACCACAGCUCCAGUGGACUCUGCCAGUUCUCCAGUAGUCCACGGUGGCACCUCGUCCCCAGCCACCAGCCCUCCAGACCACAGUAUCACUUCUUCUCCAGUCGCCAGAGCUCCCGAAGACUCUACCACUACUGCAGUCCUCAGUGGCACCUCGUCCCCAGCCACCACAGCUCCAGUGGACUCCACCAGCUCUCCAGUAGUCCACGGUGGCACCUCGUCCCCAGCCACCACAGCUCCANGUGGCACCUCGUCCCCAGCCACCACAGCUCCAGUGGACUCCACCAGCUCUCCAGUAGUCCACGGUGGCACCUCGUCCCCAGCCACCACAGCUCCAGUGGACUCCAUCAGCUCUCCAGUAGUCCACGGUGGCACCUCGUCCCCAGCCACCAGCCCUCCAAGGCACUCCAGCAGCUCUCCAGACCACAGUAGUGCCUCUGUGCAAACCACCAAGGCUGUAUCAGACUUAGGUAGCACUCCAGUCCACAAUGGCAUCUCAGUCACAACUCCCAGCUCUGCACUGGACUCAGCCACCAGUCCAGAUCAUGGUGGUACCUCAACUACAACUAACAGCUCUGAAUCGGAUUUGGCCACCGCUCCAGUUUACAGCAGCACGCCAUUCUCUACUACCAAGGUGACGUCAGGCUCAACUAUCAUCCCAGACCACAGUGGCUCCUCGGUGCUACCUACCAGUUCUGGGUUGGGCUCAGCUACCAGUCCAGUCCACAAUACCUCUGCAAUAACUACGACUCCAGUCAGCAAUGGCACUGAGCCUUCAGUGCCAAGUCAGUACCCUGUUUCUACUACCAUGGCCAGCACUACUGCCAGCAGCUCUUACUAUAGCACAGUACCAUUUUCUACCUUCUCCAGUAACAGUUCACCCCAGUUGUCUGUUGGGGUCUCCUUCUUUUUCUUGUCUUUGUGCAUUCGUAACCACCCAUUUAAUUCUUCUCUGGAAGACCCCAGCUCCAACUACUACCAAGAACUGAAGAGGAACAUUUCUGGAUUGUUUCUGCAGAUUUUUAACAGAGAUUUUCUGGGGAUCUCUACCAUCAAGUUCAGGUCAGGCUCCGUGGUGGUAGAAUCGACUGUGGUUUUCCGGGAGGGUACUUUCAGUGCCUCUGGCGUGAAGUCACAGCUUUUGCAGCAUGAGAAGGAGGCAGAUGACUAUAAUCUGACUAUUUCAGAAGUCAAUGUGAAUGAGAUGCAGUUCCCUUCCUCUGCCCAGUCUCGGUCUGGGGUACCAGGCUGGGGCAUUGCCCUGUUGGUGCUGGUCUGUAUUUUGGUUGCUUUGGCUGUCGUCUAUUUCCUUGCCCUGGCAGUGUGCCAGUGCCGCCGAAAGAGCUAUGGGCAGCUGGACAUCUUUCCAACCCAGGACACCUACCAUCCUAUGAGUGAAUACCCUACCUACCACACUCACGGACGCUACGUGCCCCCUGGCAGUACCAAACGUAGCCCCUAUGAGGAGGUUUCGGCAGGUAAUGGCAGUAGCAGUCUCUCUUAUACCAACCCGGCUGUGGCAACCACUUCUGCCAACUUGUAGGAGCAAGUUCACCCCACCCACUCGGGGCAGCUGCGGCAGUCGGCUCCCUCAGUGGUCACUGCCAGACCCCUGCACUCUGAUCUGGGCUGGUGAGCCAGGACUUCUGGUAGGCUGCUCACAGCCUUCCUCUGAGGCUCAACUCUGUAAGCCUGGUGAAGCCCAGCCCUGCCCGGAGGUGGGGGUGGGGAGGGGAACUGGAGUAGUGGUGGCUCUCAGAAGGACUGGCAUGGAAAACUGGAGACAGGGAUGGGAACCCAAACAUAGCUGAAUAAAAG